AGGGGCAGCAGAAUUUCCGGUUCUUACUGUUCUGCGGAAGUGGGCGGAGCUGAGAAAGAAAACAAGCGCUCUUUUCCGGUGUCUGUACUCAAGUUGAAGGAACGACGAGGGCAGGAGCGGUUUGUGAGGAUGACACGGCAUGGUAAGAACUGCACGGCUGGAGCUGUCUACACCUACCACGAGAAGAAGAAAGACACAGCGGCCUCAGGCUAUGGGACCCAGAACAUUCGACUGAGUCGGGAUGCUGUGAAGGACUUCGAUUGCUGCUGCCUCUCUCUGCAACCCUGCCAUGAUCCUGUGGUCACCCCAGACGGUUACCUGUAUGAGCGUGAGGCAAUCCUGGAGUACAUUCUGCACCAGAAGAAGGAGAUCGCCCGGCAGAUGAAGGCCCAUGAGAAGCAGCGGGGCGCCCAGCGUGAGGAGCAGAAACAGCUGGAGCGAGCAGCAGCGCAGGACCAAGUGCGAGGCUUCUUGGAGAAGGAAGCAGCCAUCGUGAGCCGACCCCUCAACCCCUUCACACCCAAGGCCACCUCCGGGCCUGACCCAGAUGGGCAGCCUGGGUCUAGCGCAGACCCCUCAAGCAAGGACAAGGCCAAAGUGCUGCCCAGUUUCUGGAUUCCAUCACUGACGCCUGAGGCCAAGGCCACCAAGCUUAAAAAGCCUUCACGCACUGUGACCUGCCCCAUGUCCGGGAAGCCACUGCGCAUGUCCGAUCUGACAUCCGUACGCUUCACGUUGCUGGAUGACUCCGUGGACCGCGUCGGGCUCAUCACGCGCAGCGAGCGCUACGUGUGCGCCGUGACCCGAGACAGCCUGAGCAACGCCACCCCGUGUGCUGUGCUGAGGCCCUCCGGGUCCGUGGUCACCCUGGAGUGCGUGGAGAAGCUGAUCCGGAAGGACAUGGUGGACCCGGUGAAUGGAGAAAAGUUGACGGAGCGCGACAUCAUCGUGUUGCAGAGGGGUGGCACAGGCUUCGCAGGCUCUGGAGUUAAGCUGCAGGCGGAGAUGUCACGGCCGGUGAUGCAGGCCUGAGCUGGCUGGUGACCUAAUAAACCACUGUGAGUGAA